AGCAACUUGUGGAUUGGAAAAACACGACGCCGCCAGAGUUUGAAAAUAAACAAUUAAAUAAAUAGCAAAUAAAUACGAGGAAAUGCUGGAGGAGGGGCGUGAGGGAAAUAUACUGGCUGGUGUGAGCAGUGCGGAUGUGGGCCCCGAGGCGAAGGAAUACUAUUUACUUCGCGCCGAUGAGGAAUAUCGCAAUGGCAAUGUGGAGCAUUCUAUUUACUACCAGGUUAAAGCCCAGUUCCAUGCCACCGACAUGCGUUAUAUCACCGAAGCGGCUGAACUGGAAAAACGGAGACCCACAACGCAGGAGCUGAUGAAAUCGGCCUCUAACCAGGAAAAAGGGGACUUUAAAAGCAAGAAAUUCCUAAGGAAUAUCAUUAAGCAUCUCCAGCAAGUGGAGCAGCAGAAACCGCCUGAGAUGCCAACCGAAGAGGACUUGGACUACAUGGACUUUCUAGAGGGUUCACAGAACCCCACAGAGGGCCUAACCCGCAUUAUGGAUAUAUGUCAUAGAAUGCCCGACGAAUGGUGCAUCCUGCAUCUCUGCAAGAGCUUCAAUCCCGCCACCACCUACUCCGUAUUCAACGAGAUCAUGGCCAGCGAUGGAGCCAUAUAUCUCAGCUUGCUCCGCCACUGCCGAAGCCCCCAGCUCGGUCCCAUUGGCCUGAGAUUUGCUGGCAGUAACAUGGCCAAUCUCUUCCGGGAAUACAGCACAAUGGUGGAAAGAUUCAGGCGAGUGGUCACCGUGGAUCCCCUAAAUGUGAAGAGCAAGGAGGCUAAGCAAAAAUAUUGGGAGGAGCUAAAAGUUUUUGACACCUUUCUGCAAAAACUUCAAGCCAAUUUUCGAGACAUUAUCUCUCCCUAUUCCUUUUUGUUCUUUGGAAAACGUUACGACUGUAGUGGUGCCCAAAAACAAGCCAAGAUCAUCUAUAGUCGCGUAGAUGAUUUCUGCCUGCUGAAUCAGUGGAGCACUCACCAGCGGGUAUUGCUUUCCCAAGCUGCUCUACAUGCCAAUCGACUAGACUCCGCGAAUCUCAAGCUGAUAUGUUAUGAGUUAUCCAGCAACGAAAACGAGAUCCAAUCGGUGUACGAUAUGCUUAAGGAAUUCGCCAGCGAAUGGAAUCAAGUAGAGGAGCGACAGCCGCUGGUUGGCAGGAGAUUUCCCACCAUCCUGGUGGUCGAUGAGCGCCUAGACCAUUUUCAUUGGGAGCAGCUAGUCACCGUUCAGGAGUUCACCCGCAUCAAAUCACUGCAUUGUCUAUGGCGUUUGUUCCAGAUUCACAAAUCAAACAUAAGCCAUGGCUACUACACUACGAACAUCAAACAAGGCAUGUGCAUAAUUAAUCCGGAUGCGGAUUUGGUGAACUCCGGCCGCAGACUGCGUAGCUUCUUUGAGUACUGGCUCUCCCAAUGGCAGCAUCUUUUCGAAACAGUGCCCAACGAGGAGGUGGUAUUAAAGCAGGCCCUGCAGUCGGAUUGUUUUGUCUAUGCUGGUCACGGUUCUGGGCUGCAGUACGUCAAUGGACGCACGAUUUCUCGAGCCCGAGUUCAAAGUGUGGUCUUUCUAUUUGGAUGCGAUUCUACGCGCAUGCUAAGCACUGGCUUGUAUAGCGCGCUGUAUGGAGCCCAUGAUUAUUACCACGGAGCGCAGUGCCCCUCGAUAGUGGGCACUUUAAUGCCUGCACUGGAUGGCAAUAUGGAUACAGUUUCGGUGACAGUAUUAAGUCUCUGGUUGGCUCCGGGAAAUAAACAAGUAAUUCCGUGGACGCAAAUUGAUCGAGUGCCCUGGCUCAAAAGUGGCAUUAUAAAAGGAAAGGUGAAAACCACGACUACAAUGAGCGAUGAACCCAACUAUCAUCUAGGCAGCUUGUGCUCUAUAAUGUCGCUGGUGCAGCAGGGAAAGGUGGAGCCGAAUACCUACAACUGCUGCAUUUACGUGUGCCGCGGCCUGCCCGCAUGGAAUUUGGCCGUGGAAAAGAUGCCUUUAUAGCAAAAUUCGUGUGUUUGUCGUGGAGUCGAUCUCUCUAAGGCAAUUGUUUAGCAAAAGGAACCAUGUAUAAUAAUCCUAUUAAAUUGAACUACUUCAUUCAAGUGGAAAGUGGUGCUCAUAAGAUUGCAUUAAAAGUUGUAACACUCAGAAUCAUAGGAAUAAACCAGUACAUCGAUGUAUAUUAAGAAAAAAUUCUAAAGCA